AUGGAUCAGAGUUUGAGGGAUGUUGCUCAACAGGGAAACAUUGAUGCCCUGUACGCAUUGAUACGGAUGGAUGUAAAAGUUUUGGAUAGGAUCGACGACUUACCGUUUGUUGAGACUCCUUUACACGUAGCUGCAUUUGUAGGGCACACUCGAUUUGCCUCGGAGAUCAUGAGGUUAAAGCAGUCAUUUUCUAAGAAGCCUAAUGAAGAUGGCUUUACCCCUGUGUACCUUGCUUUGCAAAAUAACCAAACCGAAGUGGUGCGCCAGCUACUUGAUGUUGAUGAAGACCUUGUUCGUGUUCAAGGAAAGGAGGGUGUGACUCCUUUGCAUUAUGUAGCUCAAACAGGAAACCUUGUUCUUUUGGCUGAAUUUUUAAAUGUUUGCCCCAAGUCUAUCAAAAAUGUUACAAUUCGAGGAGAUACUGCUUUUCAUAUUGCCCUGAAAAACAACCAGAUAGAUGCUUUUAACAUCCUUAUGAACUGGUAUAAGAGGACCAGGUUUAAUGAUAAGUUGGCCUCACAUAACAAACAAGACAAAGAUGCCUUACUAUCUGGGGUAGGGGACCUGCUGAAUUCGAAGGAUGAGGAAGGCAACACUUUGUUGCACGUUGCAGUAUCUCAAAAUCAACCCCAGGUCGUGCAGCGAUUAUUGAAUAGUGAUGGAGUUACAAUAAACUCUAAGAAUUUAGAGGGCUGUACCAUCUGGCAAGGGCAAAGGCCAAUAAGCCGUGAGAUGGGGCAUAUGCUACAUGAAGCUAGAGAAGUUUUACGUAUUUCUCCUAGUCGUAGAGCUAUUACUCAUGAAGUUUACCUCAGAUAUAACUUUGAUCGUGAUUUCCAGUCGUUUAUGCUUCGUCUACAAAUGCGUAUACCGAAUGAGUUGCGUAGUAUCCUGUUGGUAGUUGCGGUGCUUUAUUUAACAAUCAACUUCCAAUUGGUACUCACCCCCCCGGGAGGACUUUGGCAAGAUAACUGCGAUCUUCAACACAAUCCGGUCAAUAAUUGCACAGUCCCACACCAGGCAGGGAAGACGGACCUUGCCAAGACCCGCCUAGAAUCUUGUCGGGACGUGCCCAGUACCCGCCCGGAACUUGACCGGGACUCGCCCAGUACCUGCUCGGGACCGCGCCAGGACCUGAUCGAACUUGAACAGGACUCGCCUGGACCUACCCAAAACUUGCUCGAGACUCGACUGCACUUGGAGACAUUUGUCAAGUCCAAGCAAUGCUUGAACUUGUCUGUGGUAACAAACUUCGCCAACAUGUCCGCUGCAUUCUCAGAAGUGUGA